ACGUGAGGGAGUGAGUGAGUGCAUGCGGGUGUUUUUUUUUUACUGCAGAGCCAGCGCGCGCGCCGUGAACUCGGUACCGUGCGCAGGUUUUCCUCUUCCUCGCGCAUUAGUUACGAUGAAUUAAUAAAGCGUCGCGCGCGGCACGUCUCGGUCCCGAGUGUGUGUGAUUUCUGUAUUUGAUUUUUGUUCGCUUUCUAACGCGGAUUUGUCCUUGCGGUUCCAUGCCCGCGCGCAGUAUGUGAAUGCCAUGCGGGCGGCGCGGUGCCUCCUCCUGUGGGCUGCGGUCUCCGUUACAGGCUGGAGCACCGCAUCGCGGCAAUGGCGAGAGAGAGAAGGAGGAGGAGGGGGGAUCGGGAACGGUGACGGCGACGGGCGCGCGCUUCGUGAAGAAGAGAUCACGCGGCCGCAGCGGCUCCAGCAGCGCGCGGAUCCCGAGGGCGGCGAGCUCGCGCACGGUCGCCUGGAUACCAGAGUGAAGACUGAGGACGCCGACGCGCUUCACCCGGUUCAUCUUGCCAAGCUGUCAUUCCUGGUGAAGGCAUUUGGGACGUCAUUCAUUUUGGACUUGGAGCUCAACCAUGAUCUCUUGUCUUCAGACUAUGUGGAGAGACAUUUUGAUGAAGACAGAACACCGUUUCAUAAUCGGGGAGGAGAGCACUGUUAUUAUCACGGCACAGUAAGAGGAGCGAAAGGUUCCUGGGUUGCUCUCUCCACCUGCCAUGGCCUCUGGGGAAUGUUCUCAGAUGGCAACUUUUCUUAUGGGAUUGAACCCGUACCGCACAUCGAUGAGCAGGGACAAAACACUCACAUUGUGUACAGACUGCCUGACCUUCAGCUCAAUGCACCACACUGCCCCGAAUGCACUGCUACUAGUGACCCGGACUCAGCUGUGGAUGAUGUCACUCCCGUUUCUGCAGAGAGUGAUGGACCCACUUUCACACACGGCCUGAGACGGGUCAAACGCCAGAUCCGGAGGCCACCGCGUACUGUUCAGACCGAGACCAAAUACAUCGAGCUGCUAGUAGUGAACGACUAUGACCUGUUUGUGCAGAUGCGCAGGUCGACUGUGCAAACACGCAACUUUGCGAAAGCCAUCGUCAACAUGGCCGACGCGAUUUAUAAAGAACAACUCAACACAAGGCUGGUGCUUGUCGCCAUGGAGACAUGGUCAUCCCAGAACAUGGUUUCCGUGGGUGACGACCCUCUGAUGACCCUGCGUGACUUUAUGAAAUACAGGAGGGAGAACAUCAAAGAGAAGAGUGACGCAGCACACCUGUUCUCGGGGCGCACGUUUCAGAGCAGUCGCAGCGGGACGGCGUACAUCGGCGGCAUCUGUUCUCCUACACGUGGAGGAGGAGUCAACGAGUACGGAAACGUGGGACCCAUGGCCAUCACGCUGUGUCAGAGCUUAGGACAGAAUUUGGGUAUGAUGUGGAAUAAAGACCGUGCCACCGCAGGAGACUGCAGAUGUCCGGACCCUUGGCUCGGAUGUAUCAUGGAGGACACGGGGUACUACCUGCCCAGGAAGUUCUCCCGCUGCAGUGUGGAGGAGUACGUACGCUUCCUGCAGGACGGAGGAGGCAGCUGUCUGUUCAACAAACCCACCAUGUUACUGGAUCCUCCUGAAUGUGGGAACGGAUUCGUGGAGCAGGGGGAAGAGUGUGACUGCGGCUCGCAAGUGGAGUGCUCUCGAGCAGGAGGCGCAUGCUGUAAGAAGUGCACUCUUACCCAUGAUGCAAUGUGCAGUAAUGGACUGUGCUGUAACAGGUGUAGGUAUGAGCAGAGAGGUGUGGUGUGUCGAGACGCUGUAAACGAUUGCGAUAUACCAGAAACGUGUCCUGGAGAUUCCAGUCAGUGUCCUCCUAACGUAAACAAGCUGGACGGCUACACGUGUGACGCAGGACAGGGUCGCUGUUACGGCGGUCGCUGUAAGACCAGAGACGGGCAGUGUCAGGCGCUCUGGGGACACAACUCAGCAGACCGUGUGUGUUAUGAGAGGCUGAACACUGAGGGGACGGAGAAAGGGAACUGCGGACGAGACUCCAGUGGACAGGGAUGGAUCCAGUGCAGCAAACCUGAUGUACUGUGUGGGUUUCUGUUGUGCUCUAAUAUGACGAUGAAGCCUCGUUACGGUGAUUUAGAUGGAGAAGUCACAAGUCUCACCAUCUACCAUCAGAGCAAGUACCUGGACUGCCAUGGAGGACAUGCUGUGCUGGAGGAUGGCUCAGAUCUGGGUUAUGUAGAGGACGGAACUCCGUGUGGUCCUAACAUGAUGUGUUUGGAGCGACGCUGUGUGCCGGUGAUGACCUUUAACCUGUCUGUGUGUCCCGGUUCCUCCAGCUCACACAUCUGCUCCGAUCAUGGGACGUGCAGUAACGAGGUGAAGUGUAUCUGUGACUCGGACUACACGGGGAAGGACUGCAGUGUGUACGACCCGCUCCCUGAUCCACAGCUUCCUGAAGGACCCGAGAAAUACAAAGGUCCGAGUGGCACAAACAUC